UCUAUUCAAGCGUUCAAUACCCAACAGCUGGUAUUUAUCUUGCCUCUCUUGAUUAUCGACAUCUUUGAUCGGUUUUUGUUGUUACUGGCCGAGUGCGUGCGUUCUUCUUUGUUGCUUUCGCUGCGCGCCGAGCCUUGUUAUAAUCUCCCCCGCCUAGCUCACGACUCGGAUUACUGUAGCAGUGUAGAUCCACACUUCACUUCGGACUCUCGCUCGAACGAGCACCGCGUACGCUGAACCUGUAUAUAAAUAUACGACAGUCACUCGUUCUACUUAAUCUUGCCAGAUAAUCCCAGGAAUUACUGGCUUUCUCUCGUUCCCAUAGCCGUCGGGGUCCCGGAUUUGUGCGAGGCUGCAUGAGAGCCUGACGAGAUUGGACUGAACGACGACGAGCUCGCGGCUGCAUCACCACGAAUGUGAGCCGGGUUUACUCGAAUACUUCCCCGGCGAGUUGUGGAAUAUGUAUAUACUGAAGAGCAUCGUCGCCGCCGUUGUCACCGCAUGCCUCUUCACGACCUCACAAGCACAUUCCAAUGAGCGAAACCCAUUGUCCUAUGUGUCGAUUGUGGACAAUGCCCGCCUGAAUAACCCCGCGCGCCGGGUGCAUGCCUUCUCGAGCUUCGAGCUGACGUUCGACCUCCAUGGCGGGGCGCAAACAGUGCGGCUGACGCUGUCGCCGAACCACGAUGUCAUCGCGGACGGAGCGACGGUGGAGCACCUCGCAGCGGACGGGUCGGUGCGGAGCGCGGAGCCGCUGGACAGACUGGACUACAGGGUCUUCAAGGGUCAGGCCUGGUUGCAACGUUACGAGGGCGCGGAGUGGACGCAUGUGGGGUGGGUGAGAAUCAUGAUCCACCGCGAUGGAGAGAAUCCGUUGUUCGAGGGCACGUUUAGAAUUGAUGGGGAGCACCAUCAUGUACAGACGAAGACGCACUUCCUGCAGACGAGGCACCCCUUGGACCCAGAGUUGGAACCCUCCGAUGAGGAAUACAUGGUCGUGUGGAGGGACUCGGAUAUCAUUUCAGGCUUCGGCGAGGAUAGCGAAGGCUUGCUACACCAUGAGCUGAGGAGGUCGGCUGAAGAAGAGCCUUCCUGUUCUGCUAAUGUAUUGUCCUUCAAUACCCAGCCUGAUCAUCCGAUUUACAGGGCGAUGCUGAAACGGGACGAGGGUUUUUGGGGAUCGAUCUCGACUCGAACCAUCUUUGGGAGGCAGAUCGAUGGAACGACUGCUGGAAACUCCGCCGGUGUGAACUUGGCUUCCACGAUUGGUUCGACGGCCGGAUGCCCAACCACCCGGAAGGUUGCUCUUGUCGGUGUGGCGACGGAUUGCACUUACACGGCCGCCUUUAACUCUUCGGCAUCGGCCCGGGCCAACAUUAUCUCUGUUAUCAACUCGGCUUCGGUACAGUUCGAGGACAGCUUCAACAUCACAUUGGGCCUCCAGAAUCUCACCAUCAGCGACGCCGCCUGCCCGGCUACUGCUGCAUCGUCUGCCCCUUGGAAUGUAGGCUGCAGUAACAAUGUUACCAUUCAAGAUCGACUUAACCUCUUCUCUGCGUGGCGUGGCCAGCGGCUCGACACCAAUGCUUACUGGACUCUCAUGAGCACGUGCCCUACCGAGUCUGCCGUUGGGCUAGCUUGGCUGGGACAGCUGUGCCAAGUAGCCUCAUCUACCAACGCCAACGAGACUGUCAGCGGCACGAAUGUAGUUGUCAGAACGAGCACCGAGUGGCAAGUCUUUGCACACGAGACUGGACAUCUCCUAGGUUCACAGCAUGAUUGUACCUCAGAGACUUGUUCCGAUGGCCACACUGUUGCAGCCCAACAAUGCUGCCCCUUCAGCACUACAACCUGCGAUGCUGGCGGACAGUUUAUCAUGAAUCCCACGGCACGUAACGUACAGAAGUUUUCCCCUUGCACUAUUGGGAACGUCUGUUCUGCUAUGGGCCGGAAUAGCGUCAAGACGAGCUGUCUUGUCGCGAAUAAGGAUGUCAGCACGAUCAGCGGCAGCCAAUGUGGAAAUGGAAUCGUCGAGGCCGGCGAGGACUGUGAUUGUGGCGGGGCCAGUAGUUGCGGGGAUAACCCGUGCUGCGACCCAACCACGUGCAAAUUCACGACGAACUCUGUCUGCGACCCCAGCAAUGAGGAUUGCUGUACAUCGAGUUGCCAAUUCGCUUCAAAUGGCACCGUUUGCCGUCCGAGUACAGGAGCAUGCGAUCCUCAGGAGGUGUGCAGUGGUACCGCUGCCACUUGCCCAGCUGACAAGACUGCACCUGAUGGAACAUCGUGUGGCGAUUCCAGCUCGCUGUCAUGUGCAUCAGGGCAGUGCACUUCGCGUGAUUCUCAAUGCAAAGCCAUUAUGGGUUCCAACACCCAAGGAAACGACACCUACGCCUGUUCAUCCUCGGGCUGUCAGAUCUCCUGCGCCUCCCCGGAAUUUGGCCCCAACGUCUGCUAUUCCAUGCAGCAGAACUUCCUCGAUGGGACGCCCUGCCAAGGGGGAGGGCGGUGUCAGAAUGGGCAAUGCACAGGUUCAAGUGUCGGCAAAGAGAUCAAGAGCUGGGUUGACGAUCAUAAGACACUGGUCAUUGCUCUGGCAUCCGUCCUUGGAGGACUCUUCAUACUUGGCAUCCUAUCAUGUUGCUGGAGUCGAUACAGAAGGCGGCAACGCGUGGGGAGACGCCCUCCGCCAGUCGUCGUCCCUCCUCCCUCGGGCUGGGCUGGGAACUGGAUGCCUCCCCCACAGAUGGCAGGGGGGAGGGGCUAUCAAGCCCCCAACAAUGGCUACUCAAAUGUCGCUAAUAACUACUGGCAAAAUGGGCAGGGGCCGUGGCAGCAACCGCAACCGCCACAGCAGGCCUGGAAGCCGGGCCCAAGCGUCAGAUAUGCGUAA